AAAAAGAUACUUGACAUCAAUGUUCAAUAUUCCAAAUCCAAACAUCGAUAAGAGGUUAUGUUGUGGAGUUGUGCUAACGCAACGCUACCUCAUCUUUAAAUUUCAGAAAUGUCUUCGUAUAAAUACUUAAAACAAACAACAAACCUCACAGGGCUAAAAGUUGCCAUCAAUCCUCACUACUCUCUGAAGUUGCUAUAUGGCAAGAUUCUGAAAACUUUGGACAAGAUGCCUCCAAAUGCUGCUUAUCCAAAAUAUACUCGUGAAAUCAUUGAGAAGAGACAUGCAAUUGUCCAAUCGACUGAAAGAGUUGAGGACAUCGAGGCGAAGAUCGGCUGCGGUCAGGCAGAAGAACUGAUUGUACAAGCAGAGAAUGAAUUACAUCUAGCCCGUAAUAUGCUUGCAUGGAGACCAUGGGAACCCCUUCUCUCAGAACCCCCGCCAAACCAGUGGACAUGGCCUCCUACCAAAUAAGUUGUUUUUUCUUUUUUGUCCCUGAGCUAUUCUAGCCAUUGUUAUUUCUUAAGUAAUUAGUUUUAACUUAGAAAGGAUUUUCCAUCGCGCAAUCAGUUUCUCGUUACUCCUCUUCGAUUUCUCGAGAAUAACCACCAUCAACUUUUGUUGUUUGUAUAUGGUGACCAUUAAUAUACCAACAAUUUCUGUGGAAAGCCAUCUCGAAGAAAUGCAGUGCAUAAAUAUUUGCUAAGUCUAAUUUUAAAUGCUUUAAGUAAAUAUUUAUCAGUGUAUGUGUCUUUUAUAAUAGCAGAGAACCUCUAUCAUUUUGUUAUAAUUCUUUACUGAUUACAAUACUACAUUCUUAUAAAACUUUCCGUGAUUAUGUA